AUGGGUAGCUUGAUGGAGAAGGCAGCGAGUGAGCUAGAGCGUGUUGAUUUAUGCAAGCAGAACUUCCGCCAAACCCUAGAUUCUCUCCAAAAAGAUGCUCAUUCGGUUCUUCUUCUUACGGCUCAAUCGAAGGAGAUCGAGGCGUAUCUCGAUUCCACCAAAAACAUCCUCCAGGAGCGAGCCAAGGAACUAGAAUCACAGGAGGAAUCGAUCAAGGGCAAAGCUCAAGAACUUGAGGAUAAGGAGGAAGAGCUCUCUUUGAUAAAAGAGACACUUAAAUUGGAACUGAGAGGUUUGGAGAAGAAGCGGGAGGAGUUCCAUUUGGAACAGGUGGCAGCGAUGGAGAAACAUAGGGAAGAAGUCGAACAGUGGGAGGCAUUCUUGAAGACACUCGCAUCCGUGGAGACAUCCAAUAAUGAGAAGCUGAAGGAACUCGAUGGGAAAAUAGAAGAGCUCGGAUGGAAGGGGAAAGAAGUAGAGAAGCUGAAGGAAGAGAGAGCAAAAGAUCUCGAACUAAAGGCGGAAGAAGAAGAGAAGUUGAAGGCGAGAGCAAUAGAGCUCGAAUUGAAGGUGAAAGAAGUAGAGCAAGAGAAAGAACGGAUCAGCGCCGGAGAAAAGCUGAGACUUAAAUUUGAGCCGUUAGUUUCAUUACUGGCCAAAAACGUUGGCUCGAAUGUGACACCGCCUACAGAUUCUGCGGAUGAUUUUGUCAAGAAGAACGCAGCCUUGUCAAGAAUGAUACCAUAUUUGGACCCGGCAAAGGUUGUUUUGGAUGCUAUACAAGGGUUUCUUAAGGAGUAUCUGAAUAAAGAUGUUGAAGAAACUGAUGAUGGUGUUGUUAAGAGUUGCAACGCUUUGUUAGAGAAACUGAUAGGGAUGGAUUUAGAAAUCAGAAAGAAGGCGGAACAGGAAGCGACUCAACUUGGGGUUGACUGGCUAAGAAAGGCGAAAAACAAUCCAAACAAGCCAUCGCUGGUUUUAGGUUGCUUGUUGUUCCUUGCUGCUUACGGUUUGUCCUCUUUGACUACUCGUCAUGAGCUCUUGACCCUUUUAGAGCCCUUCCUUUCGCAUGAUCAGGCCCCCAAACUGUUUCAGCUUCUGGAUUUGAAAAAUAGAAUUCCUGAUGUGGUUAUAUCUCUACGGAAGAAGGACGAUUACCUCGCAAAAUUUAGAUUCUUCUGUGAAUUCCGUUCAAGCAAGCUUUGUCCAGGAGGACGACCAGGAGCCCUUUUGCUUGACUUCUUUGACUCCUCAGAAAAAGCUGCCCGAGUAAUUGCUGCUGAGACAAAAAACUCAAUGGAGAAGCAGAAAGCAUGGAGGGAGAAGAAAAAAGCUGAUGCAGUCAUGGCCCUUGAGUGUAUCCGAAAGAAGAGAGUCGAGAAUCUGUUUCCUGCUGAAACUUUCAAACAUCUGAUUGUACUGGCGAACGAUGAAUCAUCAUCCCCUAGACCAGUUCACAAAAGUUAUGAAAAAGGACAGAGCUCGACCUCCGAUGCUGUGAAGAAACCUAAACCUGAUUCUUCUAUUCCGUAUGAGCAGAAGACUGAAGCCAAACGUCAAAGAUUAAGCGACUCAAAAGUGUCUGUUCCUUCUGUGGUGGUUGGAGAAUCAGGAGUAAAUCGUCAGGCAGACGUCACAACAACACAUGCAUCAAGAGCUGAAAUCAGGGCUAAGAUUCUCUCUGGUUCCAUCAACGCAGAUAUGUUAAGGAAGCUAGUAGGAGGAAAUCAACCUAUAGUGGAGAGUGAUCUCUCCAAUGCUUUCAAAUGCACACCAGAUCCAGCAAAGCUUGUGCUAGACACGUGCAUGACCCUCUGUCCUACAAGCUCCGAGUUCAAGUUGCUGAUUGAUUCACCUACCUGCUCCGUAUUGUUGAAUCACCUGGAGAAGCAGAAGCCGCAGAUCGGACAACCACUGAAAGGAUAUGCAAAGAAACUCGCGGCUCAUUGGAAAUAUAAGAUUUCAAACAACAAGGCGGAUGACUUGGAAAUCGUUUGCUUCCUACAGUUUCUUGGCAUCUUCGGGAUUGUGUCCGAGUUCAAGGCUUAUGACCUUCUUGCUCUACUGGACACUCCUUACUGGCGAAAUGUUUCUCCUGAUCUUUGCCAGUCUCUCGGCUUGGACAAGGACAUUAUAGGUUUCAUUCAAAACCUCAUAAGAAACGGACGUCGUAUCAAGGCGAUAGAUUACAUAUUCUCCUUUGAUAUGGCCCAAACAUUCCAUCCUGUUUCCGCCAUUAUAAAAGAUUCCUUGAGGAUUAUUAAGGAACUUGCAGAGAAGUCCCUUAUAGACCUCAAUAAAGAAUCUGCACCUCAGGCUUUACAGGUUGCAGCUAUAGACAGGCAGAUCAGAUCACUAAGAGCCGCCAUGAGAUGCAUAUCGACUCACAAACUCGAAUCAGAGUUCCCACCCGGAAGCCUCGAGGAACAAAUCAAGUCGCUUAGUAAGCUUAGAAGAAACCCAUCUUCCGGAUCCGGAACCAAACAAGCCCAGACGGAAAACCCACCAAAUGGAGGAGAGAUUGUAGCUGUCACUAGCAACGCACCUCCAAGAGAAGCUGGUUCCUCCUCCGUGAGCAAACCGAGUUCAAGCUCGACGACAAUCAAGCAUACAGGACACAAACGCAGCCUGUGGGAAAGCAACGAGAGCUGGAGACAGGUUGCUUCUCACCCAAGAAACCAUUAUCACAUCGGGCAUGGCUAUUCACAGAAUCAAAGACGGGCUUGGGAGGUCGAUCAUUACCGUAGAGGUUUCACCGGAACUCCAAACAACUACCAGUUUGCACCACCAGAUCAUCCCCAGAUUAAUUACCAACUUUAUCAACCUUUCAAUCCUCCUCACAAUAAUCAUUUCUAG